GAGUUGAGAUUUAGUGCUCUGCUGGAUGAAACAACCCCCCACUAACUAACAGAGAGGGAAAGUAGCCUAUAGGAAGAAAAGAGGGGGUGUUGUACUGUUCAUUAAACACUCAAAGACGCGCAGGAAGCCUUUAUCGUUUCCAACAAUGAGAUCAGAAAAGGGGGUUGCUAUCUUCUGUAAAGCCUAGGACCCUGAACAACAGGAGGAAAAGAAAACACAAACAUACAUAGUGGGAGUACAUAAGUGAUAGAAGCAAAAUGUCUCGGACCGAGGAGGUCAACAAGAUGACAGAAAAUGUCUACAAGGGGAUUCUGGACCAGUUCAACCCCAGUCUGAAGAACUUUGUGACUAUGGGGAAACACUAUGAGAAAGCCCUGACAGGAGUGACGUUGGCUGCAAAGGGGUACUUUGAUGCUCUGGUGAAACUUGGAGAACUGGCGAGUGACAGCCAAGGCUCCAAAGAGCUGGGAGACACACUGUUUCAGAUGGCCGAGGUGCACAGACAGAUUCAGGUGCAGCUGGAAGACGUGUUGAAGCUGUUUCAUUCUGAGCUGCUCGCCCAGUUGGAGCAGAAGCUGGAACUGGACAUCAAAUACCUCACAGCCACUUUAAAGAAGUAUCAGAGUGAGCGGAGGUCUAAAUCUGAGUCUAUCGAGCGCUGCCAGUCCCAGCUGAAGAAGCUCCGCAGGAAGAGCCAAGGCAGCCGUCACCCGAACAAGUAUGGAGACAGAGAGAUGCAGUUUGUGGAGCUGAUGAGUCGUCGCCAAGGCGAGCUGGACGCACUGGUUGCUACGGGUUACAAGUCCGCACUCACUGAGGAGAGAAGACGAUAUUGCUUCCUGGUGGACAGACAGUGUUGUGUCACCAAACUGCUUAUCAACUACCACUCUAAGGUGAGAGAGCUUCUGUCGCAGAAACUGUCAUCUUGGCAGCAGUCAUGUUCUCAGCCAACGAAACUCCCUGAGCGCGCUCUGAAUCUGCUGCGUCACACCGCACCACAAAGCUCAGGGGCUGCUGGGAUAGCCGAGGUCCUCCGUCACACCAAGCUCGGCUCUGCUCAGCCGGAACAGAGGCUCUCUGUUCAAGAAGUCCCUCCUCUCUUAAAUGGAGACUCCAGUCGCUCCCAGCAGCAACGCUCGCUCCCCUCUUCCUCCCAGAGCGACACCUGUCCACCUCAGGGCUCCCCUCAGACUUUCCGCUCCCCGUCCACCGUCGGAGGAGCUGCUGGAGGUUCAUCAUGUGGAGCGUCUCCUCAACACACCAGCACACCCGUCAGCGCAUCAGCCAGCCCCCUCAUUGACAGCAGUACCAGCGGCAGCGCCAGCCCUGCCGCGUCCACUCCCACCACGUUCAGCAGCUCGGCCCAGCAAGGCUCUCUCCCGGCCGCCAACACGUGCAACCUCUCCCCGAGCCUCAUCCCCUCCACGGUGAUGUCGCUCAGCCACGUGUCCCCAACCAGCACCUCCACGCAAGGCAUGACCCUCACCAUCCCCCACAGUGCUCCUCACAGUCCUCCGCUGCCCCACAGCGCUCCUCUCUCCAGGGCCAUGACCCCUGUGCAGUUACUGCACCAACAGGUGGGACCAGGAGGAAGCAACACUUCAUCACCCUCACAUCCCUGGCUGAUGAAGUCUGCGGAGAUGUGUGCGACAGCAACACUUCCACUGCCGAGGAGACCUGUGAGUGAAAUAAGGCUGGGCGGCUUUCAAGGCUCCAGUCUCCCCAGGAUGCUGCCUUUAUCUGGACCUACACGUGUGGAAGCCAUGUUUGCUCACUCACCUGGAGCAUCAGAGGGCAGCGGUGGUGGCGGCAUAGGAGGCGGGGCCUGCUUACUGCACUUCCUGCCUGGUGAUAGCAUCACCCUGCUUAUUUCUGAGCCCAGAGAUGGGUGGCACUAUGGUCAAAAUGAACGAACUGGACGGAAAGGCUGGUUCCCUUUCUCCUACACCCAGCCACAACACAGUAGGAUGGAUCACAUCGAGAGCUCUCUCUUCUUAUCUAAAGCUAACAGCACCAGUAUGGGCCAGCUCGACAAGUUGGUGUCUCCAGGUCUACCAGCCCUUACCCCCGAGUCGGAGGAGGAGCACUCCCUUCCUCCCCAGAGGGUCAGCACCUUCCGCCCGCGCCCGUACAGCAUGGCCGACAGCAACAAGAUCUCCUCAGAAUUGGUCUCUCCACCACCCUCCCCAACCAGGCCCAAUCCAUUUGCCCACAUCCGCCUCAGAAAAACAGUCACCAACGAUCGCUCAGCACCCAUCAUCGAGUAAGCGAUCCUGUUCUCUGUGCUCUGUUGAUCCAUCAAGCCUCAGGUUGAAUCCUGAACGCAGCACAUUGGUUCAUGUUGAUUCUUUUGAAUAGUACUUUACUUUGUAUGUUCUUUUUUUUUUUUGCAAUUUAAUCAAAUACAGGUUGUGUUUCAUGGGCAAGAAAAGUAUAUUUUUAAAUCAAAGUUUUAAGGGUAUACGUGUAAAGGCUGAUCUGUUAUGAUAUAAUUACAGUCCAUUCACUGUUGAGGUAGUUAAUAGGAGGAAGUAGAAACAGGACCACUAUUAUAUCUGAAAAUUAUGUUUGAGUGAGAUGUGGGCAUUAAAAUAAAAUCUAGGCUAGUUAUUUUUGUGAAACAGAAGUAAGAUGUUGCCUGUACUUAGCUUUUGAGAUCAAAAUACUGAAUCUUGCUCGCCUAGAAUAACUAACAUUUUCAGGUUUGUCCUGGCCUAUAAAAAGAUGCCUCUCAUUGCUUUUGUUUUACAGUGCAAUUUUUAUACAUAACCUUUUAUGUAGUUUUUUUUUUGCGUGCCAUAUUCAGAAAAGUGUUUUUAGUUCAGUUGAUCUAGGGACUGGCUCCUAAUAGCAGGUUGUGGUGUAAUUUCACCUUCGCUAUAAUGAAGUGUCUUGGGAAGAGGACAGGCUCCUACUCUAAAAGUGCUAUUAUUAUAUCUUUAGAAAAGCUGCCGGAUUGUCGGGUUUUCUUGGUUUCGAUGAAAACUUUUUAAAUUUAUUCUGUCUUUUCUAUUUUAAAAUGUGGUUGUUUGGUUGAUUGAGACUUGGCAUCCUUUAAUGAAAUUGGCACACGACUUAUCUCGUGUAAAUUAUACUUUAAACAACACGGUUAAUGCUGUUUGAGUGUACAAGUCCUCGUCAAUGAUACAUCAUGUUAAUGCCAUUUAACACCAUAUAUUCUGCUGCUGUGAAGUCACAUAUCAGUAUUUUGUGAGUGUAGAUUAGUUAAACUCUUUACCUCAAAAACAGCUCAAAAAAAAUUAUGUCAAGACAAAUUCUUCCCUAAAUAUAAUUAUUCAAAGUUUGAAUUUAAACUGCAGUUACAGAAAUUACUGAGACGUGUUAAAUUCUCAGUAGAAUCAAUGAGUGAAAUUUUUAAUAUGGAGCAAAAAUAGCUAAACAACAAUAAUAAUAAUAAUAAUAAAAAGCUCAUGAGCUUCACAGACACAAACUCUGGAGUCUGGAGUGUGUUACUAUAACCACCAAUAGUUGAACAUUUGGAUGGUGUUAUUACUGAAAGACGGGUUUAUUUUAGAAAGUAGCAUGUUAUGGAGGAUGUAAAGUUUUAAGGAUGUGAGAUCUCAGCGCUUAGUCUUUGGAUUUGAUUCUUGAUUCCUUUUCGGUCCCAAAUCUAAAGCUUAACAACACCUAGGCUAGUUAAUUCUUUUAGCUGCUUGUUUACCAAACAGACUGAGCAGAAUCUUCAAGAGAGACGUGAAAGCCAGGACGGACGAGAGGAUGGAGUUUUUAUUGGGGAAAUGUACUUAUGAAAGUGAUGAAGAAGGCAUAAAGGAAAGUUGACCAACGUCUGAGCAAGUGUUCAUGGUAAACUAGAGAUAUCCAAAGUAAAUCUGUAGCUCUGUAGGCAAGAAAACUGCAGUUUAAAGGUGAACUUUUGUAUUUGUGCAAACUGACACUGUUUAUGUUCCUCCUGUGCUCUUAACUGCCUUGAGUUGCUGUGAUUUUUUUUUUUUUUUAGCAUCUUGAAGAUUCAAGAUGUCACCCACAAGGGUUGUAGUAUAUUGUUUCUAACAGCACAUGUAUUACUUUGAUUAGUUUGGCAUCAAUAGUAAAGAUAAAGAUAAUGCUUAUUCAUGCUUGUAAAUAGUGCUUACACAUUUGUAAUUGUAUGUUAUUUGACUUUUAAAAACAUGCUGAUAGUAUUUCACUUUGGUAGAAUCAUUUUGACUUCAGGCAGAAGCAGUAAACCUCUAAAUCGUUUGACAGUGGCAUCAAUUUUUUCUCCUGAAUAUGGGAACAAACAGGAAGAGAGACCUUGUACAUAAUGGCACAGUAAAGGCAAAAUGAAAUAAUUUUAGCCUUUGCAGGUUUGAAUGUUUUAAAUAGUUAUAUUAAUUUACUCAGAUUUAAAUCUGUGAAUGAAAGUAAUUAGUGGCUGUUUAAGUGGCUGCCAGUAAAGUGUUCCUAGAGAGGAUGACACUUACACAGUGAAAAAUAUUCUAAAAUAAAUAAUAUUGCCAUGGAUUGCAUUAAUGGAAAGUGUCCAAAAAUGAGAGUGUAGAAAGUAUUCAAAGAGAAGAACAUUUUUAGAGAUA